GAAAAUUCCGAAUAUGUACACGUUAAACACAAGCUGUUUCCAUUAAAGGAAUUAUUGGAAAAAUGUGAGGUCUUAGAUGUAAAACAAUCAACUUAUUUUCGACAUUGGAUUUCGCUAGAUGUCAAACCACUCUUGAUCCAACAUGUUCAUUGAUCUGUACCACACAACCUGAUCAUGUUUCCUAGGUUCGAAUAUGGUAAUCAAUUCCAAUAUUGAUUUUUAAAACACGAAAAAGAGAUGCAUCUUGCGUUUCUGUACAUAUUGAUACCAGCCAAUGAGUUAGUUAACAGCUAUGACAACCAAUGACAAGGCAACUAUUCACACUCGGGCCGCGUCCUUCAGGCAGACGCCAUGUUGUUUGUUAGUUUAUAGGAACGUGUAUCACUUCCAGUCGAAUGACUCCCACUUGUGACUUGCUAGUUUCCAGUAAGUUAUUUGGAUUCUCAUCUGUUAGCGUGUUGCGCAAAGUACAAUAACCAUGGUACCGUCUAUGUAGAUCAUUCAGCAUGACUGGAAUAUUAUACAGUUGUAUUGUUUUGUUAUUUGGAAUUAUGCCGGACUGUCGUGGACACAUGGAAAUUCACCAGUAUUGAAUCUUGUUAUGACCCAACACAAACACCGGAAACAUACCACACCAUCACCGGCAUCAGCGUUCCACAAUGUGGAAUCAUGUGCGCAUGGGAUGAGAGAUGUAGGUCCAUCAGCAUUAAACGUGACGGAAACACUGUCACAUGUUAUCACAAUAGUGGAAGGAGACUGAUGAGUACAGGAUGCGACAACCAGUACAGACAUUUCAAUGUGAGUACCUCAAUAUUCAUUCGAAUACGCGUGGCAAGAUUGGUUUGGGGAUUAAAAACAUGGAAUGGCACAUUAUUUGAUCAAAUUUGUGAAUUGAUCAAAACUAAGUAACCAGCAUUUCACAACUGGAAGAGUCCUUGAAAGUUGUUGAUAAAUAUAACAUAGUUACAGUUUGUUUGUAAAUGAGAUUAUACUUUAUGCCCCAGGGCUACCAUUCAAGUUGUCAUUACCACGGGUUCUUUCUGAAUGACACCUCUGGCUGCAGAUGCUAUGGUGGUUAUAUUGGUGCUUGGUGUGAACGGCUGAUGGAAGAUUGCACCGAGGGUGCCUCAACCGAUCAUUACAGAGUCUUCACAGAGUCUGAUGUGUUUAAAAUCCAUCCCAAAAAUUCUCCUCUGGCCUUUAAGGUUGUUUGUGAAAUGCACAAAUGGCCGCCUGGGUGGACAUUUUUCUAUAAGCGACGUUGGGACAGUCCCUACGUGAAUUUUACACGCCAAUGGGAAGACUACAAACAUGGAUUUGGAGACUUCAAAAUCGAAGGCAAUUUUUGGUCUGGAUUGGAUAUGAUAUAUCACGUGACAAACAAUCGUCCACACAGAUUGAGGGCAUACAUUACAUUUCAAGAAGAUGGAGUCACGAUCGGGAGGAAGUAUUUCUACAACGAUUUCCAGGUGAACAGUGAAACAUACGGUUAUAACUUCUCGUUUUCGUCUGCUGCAUCCCCGGUGGCAACAAUGAUCCAGCUGUUGAUGGCCUCUCACCACUUCUGGGAGUUCGAUUUUCGACUUACGAUGUCGACAACGACAACGACAGCGGUGACAACUGUGCAAGUAUCCACCAGUCUGGGUUUUGGUUCACCACAUGUGACGGCUACAAUCCCACAGGGCAGCCACAACCUCCAUCAGUUCAAUACAAGACGUCGGACCCCACUCAACUGUCCUGGCCUCACACAAUGAACUACAGUGCAAUAAGCAUAAGUAUGUUUCUGACUGCCGAAUAGGACUGAAGAUUGAUGGAAUAAACACGAAAAGCACGCCUGAGAUAUCCAAUAACAGUUCGAUCCUAUGAUUUCGGAUCAGAAAGAUUCCCCUUAUAGAUCUGGACGGAUAUCUUCAUCACGAAGCAACCAACAAAGACACAGAUUCGAUUCCACUGGGAUACUGUUAAAUUUGAUCAUAUUAAGGUCUACCAAUGUCACGAAAAUUCCCCACAAGACUUUCACCUUUCUCAUCAUUUUGAGCAGUAUUCCAGUAGCUCUGACCUUUGUUGAUGACAACUUAAUUUCUAGGCUCCAUCGAAUAUGCUAUUUGUGCGGAAAUUUCAAAGAAAAUUUACGACUCAGGAGAUAGAUCAGGAUUACAAUAUUCGUGGUUUAAUAAUAAU